AUGCUCAAGACCUUCGCUUCCAUUGUUCCAAACCCUCCCAAUACUGCAUUUUUUGAGAAUAGCUUCAGUUUCGGCUAUGCCUGCCGGGCAGGAACCUACAGUAUUCAACUUCUUGACUGGCCUGAAGAACUUGGCGAUUGCACCAUUCAGGAGCUCUUCUUGUUUUAUCCUCAAGAUGAUGACCCAGUUUUCUGUCCCCAGGACCCCAAUAACGACGAAGCUGGUGUGUCCUGAAGUCCCGUCUUCACACAGCCCUCAACCCCAGCAUUGCAUUCUCCCGAAAUUAUGUCUGUUCCUUCGAGGCGAAAAAAGGGCACUCGAUAGUGCUUAGGAAGUCUAGACUCGAGGAUAGAUCAGGGCAAUUCCAACAUUUGUGCAGGGCAUGGCCAACCCUCAAUCGCAGGCGACCGUUGACGCCAACAACCCAGCCAAGCCUUCUGAAAACAUUAUCAUCGUGUGUUCGUCAGGUUCAACGGCCAACAAGCACCAAACUUAAAAAUGACGUUGUCGGCUAUUCAGACAGAUCAUGGACCACAUACACGGAGGGCAACACCCUCCCAUAGGCCGAUUCUGCCCGCCUCUGUCACAAAGACCACCCGGCAGAACUGUCCCAAUCAUCACAGGAUAGGAUUUGCCGUCCCGCCAGCAUGGCCCUUCCCCGGUUUCCCACAGGUCGCCCUGAAAGCUCAGAAGUCAUGGGACUUGAGCCACGGCGCGUACAAUACCAGCCGAACGAAACCACGUUUUCAUUUUUUGAGACUACCUACCUUACCACGACGCCGAUUAUCACUCUCGUCAUCAGUUUCACAACAACUUCUGUUCGUUUCAUCUCAAAGCUGAUGUCACACUAUGAAAAGGUUACCGUGGGAGCGUGGCCAUCGGCCCGGCAAAGGCUGCUGGAUGUUACAAGACGGCAUAUCUCCAAGACCUUUCUGACAUCCAACAUACGUAGUGCAGUCAGGUCCCAACCACUCGGUACCUAAUUUGUGGGCUUCGUGAGGCCAAAAAUGCCUUGUCCAAAUGAAGCAAGCACCGUUGUUGGGCGAUACAAAUCGGCAUGAAAGUCAAAAAUGCACUUCAUACUUUCGCUAGCAGACCUGGCCGUUUAGGUUGACGGCGAGGACCAACUACCGAGCAGUGAAGACAAGGCGGUGCCUGCAUAUUAUGGUACGAACCACUUGUGAUUCUCAGCACCAGAACCACAAGUCUGUGGCGAUUGGAAAACGGCAGUUGCGCACCCAACCAAACCCCAAAAAACCAGUCACCUUCAACAUACGAGGCCAUUCCGAACGGGCCAGGGCGGGCCGGACUCAUCGACGGCGGUUUUUAGCCCGCCUCCUGAGUUUGACUCCCUCAUGCUCUCACGCCCUCCCCGAGCCUCCUUGACCGAGCAAUAAUUCCCUCUUAUUCAUACAGCCACCACCAAAGCAGCUGCCUGCAUAUUGUUGAUUCUUGAUCCCCGAGGCCAAACUCUGGGCAAUCUUCACAUUCACCGUCCACAAUCUUCUCAUCACAACAUGUGCUCCCCCAAACCUCGGUCUAAAUGUCAAAAUAUUGUUUUCCUCCUCGCAAGCCCUCACAGCUAGCCACACCACGCCUGCGCCCCUGAUGUAUGGCGAUGCACCUUGACGAAUCUGGGUGUGGAUAAGUGCCAUCAUUUUCUAGAGCAAACCCCGCUGUACUCCCCGACCCCAAGAAUUUCGACGCGCCUUUGGUGGGUCGCUGACAAUGAUUGUGGCUCGGUCAACUUUUUUGAGGGGAAGAAUGCGAUUCUUGUUGGUGGUGACAGGUGGAGGGGAGGGGCUGGGCCGAGGAGAGUCCGACUCAUUGGUUCACCUACCUGAUUAGGAAGGUCAGCUAACAGCAGCAGCAAGUCACUCGCGACAUUCUCUUUUUUAAUUAUUUUUCACCGGUUCCAAAAAAACGCCACUAUCAUCGGCCCAAGCCAUAUCUUAUCCCACUGUUGCAUUUUGCUCAACGGUGGUGAGGUGAUGAUAGUCCUCCGCGGUGAAUGAAGGUGGUGUAAUUCCGAUCGUCCGGUUUAUGUCUUGGGGACAAUAAACGUCAAACAGACCGUUGGUGCGCUUGUCAUCAUGAACCAUAUGAUGGCACAGAAGUCUUUUUUUUUUUUUUUGUUUUGCAUGGUUCAUACGACACAGUGUUUGGUUACAGUGCGUGGGAGCUUGGGUUGCGUUGAGACCCCUGAAAACAAAAACACCAACGACAGUGACGGUUACAACGGCAUGGGUGAUGCAUGGCACUUCAACUCAGCACUACAUACGGUGAGACGAUGGGACGGUGGUGGUGGGUUUGUUUUUCUAUUGAAAACUUGCAGUUGGAGCUGAUGCAGGAACCGACAGGAACACUCGCAUUGCAGGUUUGGUAGUUGCAUUUGGUAGUGUCUUGUCAGUGGAGGCGAUUAUAGUAAGGGAAAAGAGAGAAAGUUUGGUUGGGUUAAUAUAAAUCAGACGCUUGAGAUGGAACUAUAGAAAUCCUGGUGGGUUUCCCCAAGCGAACUGCUGGCAUGUAUGGUGUUUAAGUUUGGCUAUGGGAUGAUGGGGACUUGUUGACCAUGAGGUAAGGUUGAUCAAUCUCAAGUCAUCCUACGACCUCUUCGAUCAGUCAACUUAAACAGCGUUAAAUCAUAAUAAACCUCAAUACGUCACAGUUAAAUUCCCCUAUUUUAUUUCAGACUCCUCACACCAUCUCAUCUAUACGACAUAAACGCUCCCGAAAUUCAUCAUUAACGAGACAACCGCAACUCAUUCGCCGCCAAAGAUAAGUAUCAACGACAGAAAACUCUCGGAGAUAUUCUAACUCACCCAUGCAAGUGACAACCCCAUUCAUGACAGUCAUAUUCCCAGAUGAAUAUAGCCUGAAGAAGAACAAUCUUUUGCGCACAGACCGGAACAAACUCCG